AUGCCUGAUGUUAAGAGAGGUAUUAGGCUGGUUACAGAGCAGCAGAUUGUAAACGGCGACUCCGGCGUCGAAGGAUUCCCGCUCCGAUCGUGGUCGAUCGAGGUCUACCAAGUCAACGAGCAUGGGGAGCUGGUUGCCGCCAACGUCUUCGACAAGGUGACAUACACCUUGCAUCCUAGUUUUGGGGAUAGAGCUAUUCAGACAUUCAAAAACCCCCCAUUCCGGAUCUCGGAGGAAGGAUGGGGUGAAUUCGACUUGUCAAUUACCCUUACCGCCGACAAGGAUUAUACCGUGACGCACGACCUCAACUUUGCGCAGCCGCGCUAUGAAUCCAAACAUGUCCUUACGUUCAAAAACCCCAAGCCUGCGUUAUUGGCGACCCUCCGCGAAACGGGACCGGUUCCUGGCGAUGAGAAUGGUAUGAAGUCGAAGCGUGCGGCGGGAGCAGAUGAGGGGUCUAAAAAGAAGAAACGCAUGGAGAAGAAUGUCGACAUGGACAAAUUGGCAGAUGGACUCCAGCGCCUCGGAGAAGAUGACCUUCUCCAGGUCGUGCAGAUGGUACACGACAAUAAAGCACCAGACUCGUAUACCAAGAAUGACAUUGAGCAGGGCGAAUUCCACGUGGACCUAUAUACCCUCCCAGACAACCUCAUCAAGAUGCUCUGGGACUUUACACAAGAAAAGGGUGCUCUAUGA